GAGCUCCGCCCGAGGUGGUAGCUCGGCUCUCGGCCGUGGCUCAAGAGUUAGAAAUGAGACAGCGGGCGAAUUUUAUCUGCCGUGACUCACCGACAGAUCCGGAGCUCGAUCAGUUCAUGGAGGCAUACAAUGAGAUGCUCAUCAAGUACAGGGAAGAGCUAACGAGGCCACUGCAAGAGGCCAUGGAGUUCCUCCGAAUGAUGGAAUCUCAGCUCAAUUCCCUUGCCCUCACCACCGGCUCCGUUCGCAUCUCGUCCGCUGCUGAGAAGUUUGGAGUUUGUUCCUCUGGAGAUGACCAAGAUGGAAACACUGACAAUGCUGAACCCCCUGAGCUCGUGGCGUCUGCUGAAGACCGAGAGCUGAAGCACCAUCUUCUGAAGAAGUACAGUGGAUAUUUGAGCAGCCUCAGGCAAGAGCUGUCCAAGAAGAAGAAGAAAGGGAAGCUGCCGAAGGACGCUCGGCAGCAGUUGCUGAACUGGUGGGAGCUGCAUUACAAGUGGCCAUAUCCUUCGGAGACUCAGAAGGUGGCGUUAGCAGAAGCUACUGGACUUGAUCUGAAGCAGAUCAACAACUGGUUCAUAAAUCAGAGGAAGAGGCACUGGAAACCAUCAGAAGACAUGCAGUUCGUGGUGAUGGAUGGAUACCAUGCACCUAACACUGCUCUUUACAUGGAUGGGCAGUACUUCAUGGGAGAUGACCUGUAUCGCCUGGGACCUUGAGAUAGUCCAUGAUGCAAUUGGCUCGAGCAGACGAAAUGGGAAGAGGUGUGUGGUGUACAAGUAUCAUAGGACUGCAUUACCAUAUCAUGAUAUUGUUUCAUCAUGGACAACUUGUAUCAUCUAUUAUAAUUUCGACCCUCCAGCCACGUUCUUCUCUUCUAUUCAAUUGUUGCAAGAGAUGCUAUGGUCAAUUUCUGCUCUUUCACUUGUUUUUAUGGAUGUAGCAAAGGGGAUGUGUUCGCAGGUGCUUUA